AACCAGGAAGUGCGAAUUUCUUCCCCCUCCUCUGCUUUCACAGCUAGCUUCUGCUUUUUUUGUUUAUUUUCACAGUUUCCAGCCCUGAAUUCCCACCCUCCACCUUCACUACAAGGUUCUGACACAAGCCUCGUGUUCAUCCUAGACCAGUAUAAGAAUCACUGUGGCUAUACGCCACCUAUUCUGCAGCCUUCCAGAAGGCCUUCUGUUUUGCUGGUUGUUUUGGCCCUGGAUUGUCUGUAUGUAUUAUAACAAGUAAACUUGGAUAAGAACAUAUUUAUCAACUCAGAUCACCACAAAAUCUAUAGAACUGUGCAAAAAAGUCAUGGGAAGUGGUUAUGCGUGAUCCUGAAAGAGGAAGGAAUAGAACAUUUGUCAUAUUCGAGAGGAGAGCUUGUGUGAGGAAGUCUUGUGGAGAGCUUGGGAACAGUCUAAUGAGACUGAGACAUCUGCAUGAUAUAAUGCUAAACCUUGUCUAAAGAUUGCUGUGUGAUAAGCAGAAAUGAACUCUCAUCAUCGACGUGUACGACUAAAGCCAUGGCUGGUAGCACAGGUGGACAGCGGUCAGUAUCCAGGACUGCACUGGGUGGAUCAAGAUCGCAAGGUAUUUCGUAUUCCGUGGCGCCAUGCAACCCGGCACAUACCUAUUCAAGAUGAUGAAAAUACUGUAUUUAAGGCCUGGGCGAAGGAGACAGGGAAGUACCAGGAAGGAGUGGAUGAACCUGACCCAGCUAAAUGGAAGGCAAAUCUUCGGUGUGCCCUAAACAAGAGCAGAGAAUUCAAUCUUCGGUAUGAUGGCACCAAGGAGACCCCUGUGCAGCCAUUUAAGCUCUAUCAGUUAUGUGAUUCGCCAGGACAGAAUGAAGAGCCCAUUGUUGAUGACAAUGAUGGUGAUGAUGAUGAGGAGCAGAUUGGUGCUAGAUUUCCAAUGCUCCAUAUCAGUGAUUCCUUGUGCCCUCCAGUUCCGGACACUUUACAUCCAUUCAUUUGGCCUAAAGCUGAACCUGACUUUCACAGCUCAUGUACAAACCACAACUUUCCUGGACCUCAGGACAUCAUUCAGCAUAACCUGACGGCUCAAUCCACUGCUGCAACCCCUGUUCCCGCUGGAGCAUACUCUGAAGUUGAUAUGUCACCCCAGAGUUUGGUAUCACAAAAUGCAGCCCUUCCUCUCCCAGAGUUGGUCCAAGGAAGUGUCUUGAAACCAUCAUCAGAUGUGGAACUAUCCGUCCAAGGAGGGAUUCCACCAUCUAUUGAUCAGGGAAUCCCAGACGUCCUCAUCAGUCCUCAAAUGUUACCCUUGACUGAUCUAGAAAUCAAGUUUUUAUACAGAGGAAAACAGGCUGGAUCAAUGACUGUUAGUAAUCCCCAUGGUUGCCGCCUCUUCUACAGUAAUUUGGAACCCACCCCUGAACAAGUGGAGUUAUUUGGGCCCACCACACUAGAGCAAGUUCGCUUCCCUGGAACAGAAGGGGUCAAUAACGAGAAACAAAAAUUCUACACUAACCAUCUACUGGAUGUGAUGGACCGGGGACUUAUCCUGUUCCUUCAAGGUCAAGAUAUCUAUGCCAUCCGUCUCUGCCAGUGCAAGGUCUUUUGGUCUGGACCCUGUGCUAGUAACACUGAUAGACCCAAUUCCAUUGAGAGAGAAAAGAGGAUUAAGAUCUUCAGUCUGGAGACCUUCCUGAAUGAGCUCAUUGCUUGUCAGAAGGGACUAACAACCUCACUGCCCUCGUAUGAGAUCUUUUUCUGUUUUGGGGAAGAAUGGCCAGACCGGAAACCCAAGGAGAAGAAGCUAAUUACUGUGCAGGUCAUUCCAGUAGCGGCCCGUUUACUCUCUGAGAUCUUCACAGGGGAAUCUUCAUGGUCAGCUGACAGUAUUCGACUUCAGAUUUCCCAUCCAGACCUUAAAGACAAGUUGGUGGAGCAGUUUAAGGAGCUACAUCAACUGUGGCAGAGUCAGCAAGCCUCAGCUGUUCCACAAGUAGAAGCAAUACCGAACCCUGAGUGUGAUGUUGGCACUGGCCCUUGGCCAAUGCAUACUGGAAACAUGGAGUAGCUACAUUUGCUUUCUAUUCAGUGGAGCCUGUUUGGAUGUGUCUCAUUGAACAGUUCUGCUGGAAGAUGGGUUGCUGUGGCAAUGUCUGUUACAAAACAUAAUAUCCUUCAAUGGUACAGCAGAGACUGCACUUUGGACAAUAAUGAUAAUUAUUAUGCUUGGGUAGAGUGAAUGGACCAUACUGUAUUUCUUUUAUUUCUAGUGUAUGUAAACCUGUGUGUGCAAUUUCUUGUGUCCAAGGAAAGCCUCCAGGAUCCUAAAAAAAAAAACAAAAAACCUUGACUCCCAGCAAUAAAAGAUAAUUUUAUAUAUAA